ACUCUUCUUCCACAAUUCACUACUCAAUCUAACCCAAAGAAAAACCCUUCAAAUUUCUUUGUUCCAUUUUCUCAAUUUUAGAACUUGAGAAACCCAAAAAAGAAGAAGAAGCCUUUUUAGUACAUUUUUGGGUUUAACUAAAGUAAUUAACUUUUGUGUGUUUCCAUCAAAAUUCCACUUGUUUUCUUCAUAAAGUUUCAAUCUUUUGAUUCUUGUAUCUCUUCUUAAGACAUGAAUUGUCUGUUCUUGUUCAAAUCAAAGAAACCCAAAUCCAGAAAUCAACAGAAAGACAACAACAACAACAACAACAAGAAGAACAAAAGAAAAGGUAAAGAAUUGUUACAAAACUCAGCUCCAGAACUGACGAAUCGGAGUGAAACGUCGUCGUUUAAUCUCCAGACGCCAAGAUCGUUGCCUUCUCCAAGAAGUAUCAAAGAUUUGUAUACAGAGAGAGAACAGAAUCUUAGGGUUUUCACUUACGAAGAACUCAGUAAAGCCACUUAUGGGUUUAGCAGAAAGCUUGUGAUCGGUGAAGGUGGAUUUGGUAUUGUUUAUAAAGGAAAGAUUCUCAACAAUGGAGAUUCUGAUCCUCCACUUGUCGUUGCCAUUAAGAAACUCAAUCGACAAGGUUUACAGGGUCACAAGCAAUGGCUAGCAGAGGUUCAGUUUCUUGGAGUAGUGAAUCAUCCGAACGUUGUGAAGCUCAUAGGUUAUUGCUCAGAGGACGGGGAGACCGGGAUCGAGAGGCUUUUGGUUUAUGAGUACAUGUCAAAUCGAAGUCUAGAGGACCAUCUCUUCCCUCGUAGAUCACACACAUUGCCGUGGAAAAAAAGACUCGAGAUUAUGCUUGGUGCAGCUGAAGGAUUGGCUUAUUUACAUGAACUUAAGGUUAUAUAUCGAGAUUUCAAAUCGUCCAAUGUGCUCUUAGACGAGGAAUUCUGUCCGAAAUUAUCGGACUUUGGGCUUGCCAGAGAAGGGCCUGAGGGCGACAAUACUCAUGUCACUACCGCAAGAGUUGGUACACACGGCUAUGCAGCUCCGGAAUAUGUGCAAACAGGCCAUCUUCGGUUAAAGAGCGAUGUCUAUAGCUUCGGUGUUGUGCUCUACGAGAUCAUAACCGGACGCCGAACCAUUGAGAGGAACAAGCCAGUGGCUGAGCGAAGGCUAUUGGAUUGGGUCAAAGAGUAUCCUGCUGAUAGUCAACGCUUCAGCAUGAUCGUUGACCCUCGGCUACGCAACAAUUAUCCAGCUGCUGGAGCUAGGAGUUUGGCUAAAUUGGCUGAUCUUUGUCUGAAAAAGAACGAUAAAGAGCGACCCGCGAUGGAAAUUGUAGUAGAAAGAUUGAAAAAGAUUAUCGAAGAAUCCGAUAAUGAAGAUUAUCCGAUGGCUACGGCUAAGGAAAGUAGUCAGGUAAGGACGAGACAAGUUGCAAAACCUGAGAAACAAAGUUUGAGAGGAGGGGUUAGUGUCAGAGGAUGAUUUUGAGUUUAGUAGUUUUUUGCAGGUUUUUAUAUAUAAAUAAGUUUAUGCAAUUUGUUGGUUUAUUGUAAGAUUAGUAGAGAAAAUGUAUCUUAUUGUGUUUAUAAAUUAAAUUUAUUACG